AAAACAAUCGCAAUAAUGGACAAGGAUAGAUUCACGCUUCAGUCAAUACGUCAAGAUUUGAUUGAUAACAAUCUGCAAGCAAAGGCCAUCAUUCAGGACAUACUCAACAGCAGAUCAUCCAUUGGCGAACUGGAAGAGCUCAAUGAAGCAGGGCGCGCCAAAUUGUCAGCGAUACGAAAGAAUAUUGAAAGGCUCGAUGAUUGGGCGAGGGACAUGGGCGAUCCCACAUUGGCCACAGAAGUGGACACACAUCGUGAGCAAUUCUCCAAAACUUUACAAGCAUUCCGCAAGGCCAACGUCUCCACCAUGCUGGAGAUAGAGAAAGCCAAUCGUGAGGAACUCAUGGCCAUUACGGGCGAAAGUGAGUUGAGACAGCGCUCCACAGGGGGCGCGCGGCACAAUCGCAGCAGUCUUGUCACGCAGGAAAACGAUGUCACAGAGAAAAUGUUGGCCAUAUCGCGACACCUGUCGGAGACAACCCAAAAGAGUGCAGUCACACUGGAAACCCUGGUGGCCUCUUCCCAAAAUGUGGAGGCAACCAGCGAUGAGCUACACAACACUGCCGGCAGCCUAACACAAUCGGGCAAACUGCUAAAGAAAUACGGAAGGCGCGAAUGCACCGAUAAAAUGUUACUUUUCUUUGCCUUUUGUCUGUUCCUGGCUUGUGUGUUCUACAUAGUGCAAAAGCGCCUGUUUUAGAUUAUCAGAAAGCGUCUGCCUAGCAGCCUGAAAUUUGCAACUAGUUUAUAAAUAUAGUCGGUAUAUGAUAUCAUUGAAAAUGCUUUGCUAAUUUAAGAAUUAUUAAGUGUAAAAGCACGUAUAUAUACAUAUAUUAAUUUAAAAUCACAACUGUAUGUUU